CGCGACAACAGGAAGUAAGCUUGUGCGCUGCUGUAUGCCUCUAGGUCGGGAGCUCCAGAGUCUGACAGGACUGCGAUCUCUCCCCUCUUUUUCUUGCUGCUAUGGAUAAUGCCUGCGAGUCGCCCACGGAAAAAGGUGGAGAGACAGGGGAGUCAGAUGAAACGGCCGCUGCUCCCGGGGGUCCCGGCGCUACCGACACGGACGGAAUCCCGGAGGAAACUGACGGGGACGGAGAUGGGGACUUGAAAGAAGCCACGGCCGAAGAAGGCGAGCUCAAGAGUCAGGACAUCUCAGAUUUAACAGCAGUUGAAAGGGAAGACUCAUCUUUACUUACUCCUGCAGCCAAAAAAAUGAAAAUAGAUACCAAAGAAAAGAAAGAGAAGAAGCAAAAAGUGGAUGAAGAUGAGAUUCAAAAGAUGCAAAUCCUGGUUUCUUCUUUUUCGGAGGAGCAGCUGAACCGUUACGAAAUGUAUCGCCGGUCAGCUUUCCCUAAGGCAGCCAUUAAAAGGCUGAUCCAGUCCAUCACGGGCACCUCUGUGUCUCAGAAUGUUGUUAUUGCUAUGUCUGGUAUUUCCAAGGUUUUCGUCGGGGAGGUGGUAGAAGAAGCACUGGAUGUGUGUGAGAAGUGGGGAGAAAUGCCACCACUCCAACCCAAACAUAUGAGGGAGGCUGUUCGGAGGUUAAAGUCCAAGGGGCAGAUCCCCAACUCAAAGCACAAAAAAAUCAUCUUCUUCUAGACCAAAGCCUAGAAAGGCCUGGUACUGAAGGAAGAAGUGCUGGUUCCAGACCUGCUGCUGCAUGAGACUUUUGCACUGGUGCUUUAGUAUCUCAGUCCUCCAAGGAUUCCAUGAUUUUCAUGUCUUUCUCGGAACUCUUGAUAUUCAUCGCAUCUCAAAGGCAUGCAGCCUGUUUCAUACUUGCCUUGACUAAAUAUGGGGACCUCUGGGCAUUUUGAGGCAUUGAACUGUUUCUUGGCCAGUUUGAAGAAGGUACAUGGGCCUUAAGCAUCUUCUAGACAGGGAAGCUGCUUUCAGAGAGAAAACCUUCCCAGGAGAGCUUUGAUGAUUUCACACUGAAGCGUGAAGUUGCUAUGACAUAGGUUGUUUCUUCCAUCUGGUUUUAAGUAGAUGAAACAACCAGAAACUUUUGACUUGAGAUACUCUACCAUGAAAAACACAGUGAUAGCAAGAGUAGUGGAAAAGUUUGUCCCUGUAAACAUGUAAAGUUGUAUGGAUUUUGGUGAGUGAUCAUUAAACUGUUUUCCAACAUGC